AUGGAGCUAUACCGUGGUUCGCAGUCCUCUUCUACCGAAGCACCCUGCGGGAUGGGCCCCAAGCUGCUAAAGCCCGUACAAGGCAUGCUUCACGGCGACGAGACCGGCGACGGUAGCGAGAUAUCUAGCAAGCUCUCCGGUGGUUGCGAGCUCUUUGACAAGUCCUUUGCGCACGAGGUCAACGGCAUUCACGACAAGUGGUUCGUUUUAAGCCUGAAGCUCACCGACCAGGAAGCCGAGGACGCCCUGGAUCCUGUGAGCCCGUUUCCGUUGACCAAGCAGGAGUCCUCUGCAGGUUCCGGUACCUUCAUCAAGCUGCUUCCAGCAUGGAAUCGCGGGCUGCACGAAUCCUUUAGACAGCAGAAGAGGGCUAAAAGGAGAUCCAUGCGUGGUGUCUCGGCCCGGAUGAAUGAGAAAGUCAAGGACAACACUUGCCUGCAGCCGCUCAUCAUCGUACCUUCGAGUCCGAAACGAGUGUCAUGGACCUUUCUGGGUUUCGUCUUCAUCCUCUGGGACUUGGUGACCAUACCGAUGACAAUGUUCGACAUCCCGGGUUUCUCAGACUUCUUGGACCUCAUGGGGCGGGUCACCUUCGGGUACUUCCUCAUGGAUGUCUUUCUGCACUUCAUCUUCGCGGUGGACAUCAAAGGCCAGCUGGAAAUGCGGCCUGGGGUCAUUGCUCGCACCUACGUGCGUUCUUGGUUCUUCCUCGAUGUGCUCCUCCUGCUAAUCGAUGUCAUGCUCUUCACCUUGGAGGCAAUUGCAACCGGCGGAGAUGCGAUGAGUGGCCUGAAGACGAUGCGGCUCCUUCGCUCUCUGCGGCUUCUUCGCCUGAUGCGGCUGCUCCGGAUCGGCAAGCUGAAGGAGGUUCUACAGAUUCUGGCCAAUCGCUUCUCCUCCCUCUACUUCCUCAUGAUCCUGAAGAUCCUGUCCGGUUUUGGCAUGGUCCUUGCCGUGAACCACUUCAUUGCCUGCUCUUGGUAUGGAGUGGGCCUCAUACACGUGGACACGGUCAGCUGGCUCACCGAGUCGCAGAUGCAAGAGGCCAGCUUCGCAGAGGGCUACAUUACGGCAAUGCACUGGAGCUUGACCCAGUUCACUCCAGCGACCAACAACGUUGCGCCUGCAAAUUACCUCGAGAGGAUGGUAGCCGUUUUCGUGAUCUUGUUGGCCAUGGGGGUCUUCUCCUCCUUCGUCAGCUCCAUAACCAGUGCAGUAAAUUCCUUGCGGGCGGUUCGCAUGGAGCAGAUCAAGCAGGAGACCAAGAUCCGUCAAUUCUUCAGCGAGCGCAACCUUUCUGCGGAACUCUUCAACAAAGUCCAGGACGUCUGCCGCAAGCGCGGGCUCUUCGAGAUCCGACUGAAGGAGGAGGAGGUGGCGCUCUUGAAGGAGAUCCCGGAGUCCCUGAAGCGUCGGCUCCACGAGGAGAUCUUCCUUCCCUUGCUGAGCAUCGCGCCCUUCCUUCCUCCCUGGAGCCAUUCCCAGGAGUACCGCUUCAUGCGCAAGGUGUGCCAUGUUGCGAUGCAAGAGCGUUCUGCUCUCUCCUCGCAAGAUGUUUUCGUCCUGGGCGCGGACUGCAAGGAGAUGAUCAUGGUUCAGUAUGGGGCAAUGGGCUACCAUGUCGUUGCCAAGGACUCUUCUCGCAUGCAAGAUUCCGUGGAGUUCGACGUGCGGGACCGAAUGUCGUGUACGGUGGGAGAGAUCCUCUGCAUGCCAUGCCUUUUCGCCAAGUGGCAAACCCGUGGCAGGCUGACGCCCGGUUGA